AAUGUAUACGUACGUGGCGAGGAGAAACAAGAAAAACAAUCCUCACACCUUUCGAGCGUUGUACGCACGUAUCUUUCCCUUGACAACUCUUUCCUCUGCGAACCGAUAUCUCACAAUUUCUAUAGUAAUCAUACUUUGUUAUUCCAUCUCCAAUAUCCCAUCAUGAAAAUCACUUUGUUCGCCGUCUCUGCCCUUGUGGCCUCCGUCUCUGCUUUCGCACCCCAGACUAACUCCCGUGUGUCCACUGCCCUUUUCAAUGGACCCACCCUUGGAGCUGGAGGUAUGGCUGAUACCCGUGACCCCGAGUCUUUCGAACACGAGGAUCCCCGAAAGUCCAUCAGUGAGGCUCCUAGUUUCGAGGAAUACUUGAAGAUGCGUGAUAGUGGAGGUGCUGCCCCAGCCGCUGCCCCAGCUGCCGCUGCCCCCGCCGCAGCUGCUCCCGCCGCUGCCGCACCCGCCGCCACCGGAGGAGGUGGUGAUGUUCUUGGAACUCUCGCCGGCCUUGAGGGACCCGGUCAGGUCUGGGGAGCUGAUGGUAUCGCCGUCGGCAAAGAAGAGUCCGACCUUAAGGGAUACGACAACUUCGAUGUUUUCAUGGCCCGCCUUCAAUCCACUGGAGUCGCCGCUGAAUUGUCCGGAGCCGGUCCUUUCACCGUUUUCGCUCCCGUGAACUCCGCCAUCGAGACUUACGAGGCAAUGAAGGGACCCGUUGAUGCUGCCGCCCUCAAGCUUCACAUUGUCCCAGGAAAGAUUGCCUCCAGCGAUGUCUCCUCUGCCGACCUUACCAGUUUGGGAGGCCCACUCACCUACCGAUACGCCGUCCGCAAACACUUCGUCAACGAUGUCAUCAUUGGAGAAAAGACUUUCGGACCCUUCAGCGACUACCCCAUGGAUGUUGCAUGCAGCAAUGGAGUUAUCCACGGAGUUGCCCUUAUGUUCUAAUUAAUCACUUCGAUUGCAUUUGUAAAUAUCUAAGCAUGACAUUACUAUGG